GACCAAAGCGCUUUAUAAUAUUUUCGGGGUUUUCUUUGAGAAAUUAGUCAUCAGACUCGGAUUCGGUACAUUUAUUAUUUACGUUGCUCUUGUGAAAACAAAGAUGGAUUGAAAAAGUCACUUGCCUGUGCACAAGUAUUGUGUCUGAAAAGUUAUAUUUGAAGUAAAUUGUACCGAGGACAUGGCAGACAUAGACAGACCAAUUACACAGGUUGCCAUAGUAGCAGAUCCCGCUAGGUGUCCUCCAGGAUUUACUCUGAUUGAUCGUACUUACGAUCGCAGAGAGGAUGCAGAUUUAUGGAGAGAUGGUCUGUUUGGAAGAAAAGUUGUACGUUUUCUCUGUGUGGAAAAAAUGCCACCCUCACCGGGUAGAGAUGUAUUGGUAGAUGUGACUGUGAUUGGAGAAAGAGACGCCAUCCCAGCUGGAUUUACAUGUGUAGAUUUCACAAGUGAUUCACGCGAAAAAGCUGUCAAAAAGAAGAUGCUGUGUGUUCGUUACAUGUCCAGCGACUUAACCAAUGAUGCCAUAUGUGAACUUAUCCUUUUAAGCAAGGGAGUGAGACGACCCCCUAAUGGUUAUACACUGGUGGGAGAGCUGAAUUACAUGGGACUGUGCUAUAAAAUGUCCAGUUUUCGUAAACCUGCAGUUCAGAUGGAUUCCCACCAAGGCCAAUCAACUGAGCCCACCUUCCACACACAGGGCUAUUCCACAACCCAAUCCACACCAAUGAACAUGUCAGCUCUGGGUUCUAAUUUACCCUACAACCCGACUCCAUAUAGGAAUGGGCCAUUAGAAAGAGGAACAAGUUUUGCAGAGACAGCAAACACUCUACAAGGGAGCCAGGCAGUUACAGCCUUACAGGGUCUACCAUUUGAACUGAAUCGUGCAGUGUUUAAUGACGACUUAAAUGUAACGAUCCCAAAGAUUCCAUACAAAUCCAUCAUGGAUAUAGAAAAUGAAUAUAACUACGAUUUCUCAGUGGAAAGAUCUGCUGCCGCUAGGGUUCCUUAGGAUCAUAAGAUGGAAACUGGAAAUGUACCCAGGCCUUAGAAAUCAGCUGGACUGAGUUUGUUACAUUUUACCCUAGGAAUCAAUAAACAGAGACAUAUUGAAGUAUUCUGAUAUAUUAUUAUGAUCUAGAAAUACAAUUAAUAGUUGCCAUUGUAGCAAAAUAUUAUUUAUGCAAAAAAAAAAAAUCUCUAAUUAAGAUUGAUAUAUAUUAUUAUCUACAUAAUGUACAGCAGAUAUUUACAUGUGUAAAUUAUUGCCAGUCGGUGGUUGACUUUUCAAAAUGCAUAGAAAGUUGUACUCCACAAUUUGAAGUUUAAGCCUCUGUUUGAAUUUAUACAGACAAAUCCACACCCUUGUAGUGUCAAUUUUUCAUAAAUGAUCUUACUUUUAUCAUCAAACUUUUAAUGUGCUCAAUUUGCAUCAUAUUCAUAACUAUAAAGAUAUUUCAGAUGAGUAAUGAAUUUGAUUGGUUUUGAGACUAAUGUGUGAGUACAUUUAAAUUUGUCCUUUAAAUGUAGUUUGUAUGUUUGUUAUUGUGUUACAAUAUUGGGCUAUCUGUGAUAGAGAGACAGGUAUAUGUUUGAUUGUGUACUGCUCAGAGUCAGACAUUAGACAUACACUGUACAGUGUAUAACAUGAUUUACUGAAUAUGUCAAAGUACAAGGUCAUUUAUGGUAUAAGGAUUUUUGUUGAUUUUGUGAAUUUUUUGUGUUGCCAUUCUUCUUUUUUGCCAGUGUUGUCCUUCUUUUCUUUACAAGUACAUGUUUUUAUGCCUCAUAAAUAUAUUGUAUUAAACAAAUUUUUAAUGAUAA